AUGGGUUCGUUGCUGAUACAGGGUGUGCUCCUUGUUUCAGCGCCGGUGCUGUUGUUCUUGACGGUGUACUUCUAUCUCGUGCCCAACUCCAUCAAAGACUCGCGAAGACGCAAAUUGCCUCCGGGACCGCCAGGACUUCCUUUCAUUGGUCAUCUCCUGGACUUUGCGGACAGCGAAGCCGUGCGCGACAAAGUCACCGCGUGGCACAAACAGUAUGGCCCAAUUUUCUACACCAAGCUCGGGGGCACAGACUACAUCUGGCUCUCGACCCCGAAAGCUGUAAAAGAUCUCAUGGACAAGAAAUCCUCCGUCUACUCCUCGCGUGCACCAUUUCCUCUAGCCCAAGAUGUCAUGAGCGCCGGUCGCCGCCAACUCUUUAUGCCUUACGGCCAGCGCUGGCGCUCCAUUCGCAAGCAUUCGCACGCGCUCCUCAACCUGAACACCUCUGUCAAGUACCAGCCCGUCCAAGACUUCGAGUCGAAACAACUGCUCGUCGACUUCCUUACCAGCCCAAAGGACUUCUACAUGAUGAACCGGCGCUACUCAGCCUCUGUCAUCAUGCUUGUCACCUACGGCUACCGCAUCCCCUCUUGGGAAGACCCGCUCAUCAAGAAGAUAUAUAACGUACUAGAAAACUUCACAAAGAUGACUGCUCCAGGGGCCUACGCAAUCGACAGCUUCCCCUCGCUGACGUUCCUUCCUGAACGGCUGCUCGGAAACUGGCGUACGCAUGGACGCCGCGCGUUCGAGCACGAUAGCAAGGUGUACUUAGAUUUGUGGAAUAGGCUGAAAAGAGAGACAGAUGCCGGAGAGGCAAAAAAUUGUUUUACCAAGACCUUCUAUUUGAACGACCCGACGAAGAGCGGAAUUGACGACCUGGCUGCGGCGUAUACGUGCGGUGGCUUGAUUGAGGCGGGAUCGGAGACUACGGCGACGACGCUGAACAAUUUCAUGCUAUGUAUGACGCUGUUUCAGGAUGCGCAGAAAAGGGCACAGGAAGAGUUGGAUCGUGUUGUUGGGAGCGAAAGGCUACCGACAUGGGAAGACGAACAAAAUCUGCCGUAUGUGAGGAGCCUGAUCAAAGAAGUGCUGAGGUGGCGGCCUGUAAACAAGUUUGGUAUGACACAUGCGACCAGUGAGGACGACUGGUACGAGGGGUACUUUGUUCCGAAGGGGUCGGUGGCUGUGCUGAACUGGUGGGCCAUCCAUCGCGAUCCAGAUCUGUGGGAGAACCCGGAGGCUUUCGAUCCUUCUCGGUACCUCGACAAACCCCUCUCUGCCGCCGAUUACAUUAACGCACCUGACCCGUACGAGCGCGACCACUUUACAUAUGGAGCUGGACGGCGUGUGUGUCCUGGCGUACAUGUAGCAGAGCGCUCUUUGUUCAUCAACAUCUCGCGAGUCUUGUGGGGUUUCAACAUCGAGAGGAAGAAAGGCCCAGAUGGUGAACUCGUAGAACCGACGCAGGAAAUGGAGAAGGGCUUCUUCUCUGUGCCGAUACCGUUCGAAUGUGAGAUUGUGCCGAGGAGUGAGAAACGGGCGGAGGUCAUGAAGGAGGAGUUCGCACAAGCAGAAAAGGAGGGGAUAAACUUUUGA